AUGACGUCAUUUCAGGCUAGGGAAUGCACAGGAUUGAUUGCAAAAUCAAUACAGCCUCUGGGCCUAGCAGAGAGGAUUCAAGAGGAUGAAACAAAGGCCUCUUCUGUCUUGUUGGGCCUCUCUUGUGGUUGUGGGAUGGUCGUAGUCAAGCCGUCAACUGCUUUCUACUUUUCUUCCAAUGUGAUUCUGUAUUUAAUAAUCGGUGGAGCUGGCUUUGUAUACUUAGCAAUUUUGUCGGUAUGCAUCCUUCGACGGCAACGAUACGCAAGUUUUAAGAGACGUAAUGUUUUAAUUGAACAGCGCAUUGCUGUUGCCUUAAAAUAUGAGAGUGAAAAGAGUCCGAGAGGUCUGAAAAACUCGCCGUCAUCGCUCUCGUCACCGUUUUCCUCUGAUAGCUCGAUAUCUAGUCCUGUCAUACCAACAACUCAAUCAUCCAUUAUUCCAUCACAGCCGUUGAGUCGUUUGUCUUCUUCUGAACUGGGACCAGAUCGAGGAUUUAUCAACUUCACCCUUCAUUAUACCAUUGAGAAUUCAACAUUACAGGUUAAUAUAAUAUGUUGUCGGGAUUUACCAGAAUUAGUAGUGGCAUCCGGUGGUCAGUGUCUUCUAGAACCAUAUGUCAAACUUCAGUUAUUACCCGAGAAAGAACAUCAUGUUAAGACUCGUCUUGUUCGUGCAUCCAGAAAUCCGCAGUAUGAUGAAACAUUUUCCAUGUAUGGGUUGGAUGCAUUACAACUCGCUACAACCAGUAUACAUUUUGCGGUGAUUGCAUUUGAUCGUUACAGUCGAGAUACACUGUUAGGUGAAGCAGUAUAUUCACUAAAAGAUGCAAAUUUGUUGAACAGUGAGAUUAUCACCGUAGAAUUGAAACUAGAAGGUCGUGGAAAAGACGCAAAUAAUGAUAAUCGGGGACAAGUACUGUUGUCAUUGUGCUAUCAGCCAACUACACAUAGAAUUACGGUUGUAUUGCUUAAAGUAAAAGGUUUGCCAAAAUUGGAUGUCAGUGGAAUGGCUGACCCAUACGUUAAAAUUUAUUUACUGUAUAAAGAGCAGCGAAUUUCUAAGAGGAAAAGUCAUGUAAAAAAAUGUACGCUAUCACCGGUUUACAAUGAAUCGUUUGUUUUCGAGUUCCCGUCUAGCGAAGAACAAGAUUUGGAUAAUAUUAAAUUUGAAAUUGUGGUUAUGGACUGGGAUCGUCUGACAAAAAACGAGGUGAUGGGUAAAUGUUUUAUUGGACCCAAUGAUAAGCACUGGCUUCAGGUACGGAGUAAUCCACGACGACAGAUUGCUGAAUGGCAUCAGUUGUCGGUAUGA